CUGGAUGGCCUGCCAGCCGUGGGGCCUGGGCCGCCUGGGCUCAGUGACUUGGAGAAAAUCGCUGAAGCCGUCGUUCUGCCCUCACGUCAAUUGGCUGGUCAACAGCUGAUUACGGUUUUGCCACGCCAAUCCUCCCGGAGAUUAGUCGCUCCAAGGGAACUGACAACUCGUCGUGUCGUCUCCACGAUAACAACCGAGUUCAUGUUGGCACCCCACCCCGUCCGCAAAUCUGUCUUCUUCUUCUAUAGUCCCCACCCUGAAAUGCUGUAGAACUGUCACCGAAAAUUUCAGCCCCCUUCCCGCGGGGAAGUUUUGGGAAGAUGGAUACUGAAGGCAAGUAUAUCGCUGGGCCUAAAAUGAUCUCAGCUGAAUCGUGACCCCAAACUGACAAAAAAGACACGGAUAUGCUGUCGCAAAAAGAACUAGAAGACUUGGAAGCCAUCCAUCGACGAUUCCAAGAGCUUAUGAGUGACCCUGAAAACAUAAAUGAAGCUGCAAAUUUUUUAGUGGAAGAUUUAAUUGAUGAAAUGACUAUAGGAGUGGUUUUUGAAGUUCACCGGUCAGCAAAAUUAGGGGUGCUGGACCCUGAGGCAGAUAUGUCUGGAGAUGAUAUUAGCAAGUUUAAAAUUGUAGAUGAUCCAGGCUUAGAUGUAUUUGGCCAGCCUCCAGUUAUUAAGAAAUUCCAAGACUGCAUUUGUCCAAGCUGCAACAGAGGUCUGGCUGCAUCAAGAUUUGCUCCUCAUCUUGAGAAAUGUAUGGGAAUGGGCCGUAAUAGCAGUCGAAUUGCUAGUCGGCGAAUAGCAAAUAAUAGCAAGGAAACAAGCACUAUUGUUAGUGAAGAUGAAGACGACGAGUGGACCAUUGGUGGUGACAGACGGAGAAAGAAGAAGGAUCGGAGUAAUGGCACUUCCAAAAAAACGUCCAAAAGUGUGAAAUCUGAAAAAAGGAAUGGUGAUUCCAAUAAUAGCUUUAGCUCUGUGUCUGAGAGUCUAGGUAGCUCAUCUGGCAACAGUUCAUCAUUUGAUGCUACCAGUGCUGCUCUAGAAACAAUGCGUCCUGAAGAGCGGAAAAAUUUGUUGUCACACAUAUGUGGUGUAGUGUCAGAACAUACACGAAAAUUAUGCACAAGGUCUCUUCGAUGCCCUCAGCACUCUGAUGAACAGAGAAGAGCACUUAGGGCAUCUGUUCUUGAGGAUGAGUCCAGUUUUCAAUCUGAGAUACAGGUAAAUGUGGAAUCUCUAGGCUUGGACCCUGAUGAUCUUUUGGGUGGUUUGGGAGGAGGUGUAGGAUCAUUAAGUGGUCUUGGUAUGAGUUCCUUAAGUCGAGGAAGCUGGGAAACAGAGCGGUCUAAUGCCUCGUCCCCUGCCGACUCUGUUUCUGUGAGCUCCUCCACAUCAAGCAAAAAGCGUGAGAAAUCAAGUCCUGGAAAGAGUGGCAGUCAUAAAAAGAAAAGUAAACAUUCAUCAUCUCAUGAGUUGUGAAAUUUAUGUUUGUAGAAUCCAAUUUCUUUUGAGUUGUGAAGCAUCACUGAUUAUCUUAUUGUUGGUGUAUGGUUGAAAUCCACACUUCCAUAUAUCUGCUCUCUUGAUAUUCAUCAAGCAGUGUUUGCAUUGUAUUUGCUGUGAUCAGGUGGGAAAUCCUGAUAAUGGAAUGCCCAUUUUGCUAGGAUGAUAAGAUUAGAUUCUGAUAAAUAAUGGUUGGUUCAGAAAAAGAAAGCUGAAAAAAUGAAUAUAAAAUUUAUAGAAAUUUGGCUAAAAGUCAUCAUUGUAGUGAAGUGCAUAUUUAGUGAGUGCAGCUUUUUCUUCUGACUUAUUUUAUUUUGAACAAACAGUUUUGUUGUGUUGUCCAUUGUUUUUUUAACAAUAUUGAGAUUUUUUUUCUAAAUGAAACAAUCUUUUGGGGAGGGUGCGGGUAGAGUCUUUUGGUUGGUUUGUAUUGAAUGCAAUGUGAGUUUGUUGAAAUUGGUAACAAUACUGGAUAUUGUAAACUUUUCAAUUUUAAAAAAAACUCUGUUGAGGUGGUAGUUCAGGGACAAGCCUGCGGUCUUCCAGUUAAACUGCACGAGCUUGGUUUCUAGUUAGUGUGAUUUUACUGUCAAUAGCCAAACUAUUCAAGUUCACAUAAUUUGAAUUUUCCUCUAUUGUAAUUGACCCCUAAAACGCGUUUCUUUACAUGCUACCAUGAUGCUGUAAUUAUUUCAUGUGCGUUGGAUGAAAAUCCAAACUUACUUUAUCUGGGAAUUUUUUUGGUGGGAACCUUAAUAAUGUAAAAUCCCUAAAAUCCUAAUACUGCUUUCCUUUUAGAUGUAACUUGUGACUUUUCCCUUCCAUUCAACUUGAAAGAAAUAUUGAAAAUUGUCUGUUAUUUAAAUGUAGUACCUAAUCUUGUAGCAAAGAAGUAAGGAGAAUGACGGUCAUUGCAAUCCUGAAAAGUGCUGUGUAGUCAUGAGAGAAUAGCAUGGUUGAUUUAUUAUGCUAUACUCUCAUGACAUAUGUAGUUUUCUUGCAACAGUAAGAAGUUGUAAUCAUGAGGGAGUGUUAGUUGUGUAUACUGUACUCUUUCUCACCUUCAGUGAUAACUGCUGUGUGAGGAAACCAAGAGGUCUUUUUUGAUUUCUUGCGGAUACAUUUUAUUUCUUACAGGGUCUUAAUACUAAUUUAUGAAACACUAAGUAGUGUACCAAUAAUGGAACCUUUAUCUCUGAUGUUUGAUGUAGGGGUAGAAAAGGCUGUACUAUUGAACUGAAGUCUGCCAAGUAUUAUCUAUGUCUCUCUGAGUUUGAAAAAAGAAAAUUAUAUUAAAAAAAAAAAAAAAUAGAACUUUAGUGGACACUACAGUUAGAAAAUAAAAUCAUUUUCAAUUAUGUGACUGGACACUACAGUUAGAAAAUUAAAUCAUUUUCAAAUAUGUGACAAACUCUCAUAUGAAGUUAAUUGUCCACACUGUAUGUUUGUUUCUAAGUCUUAUUCUGUAUGCAAGAACUUGCAUUUUUUUACACAAAAAAAAUGUAGAGAAGAAGUCUUUGAUGUGAUUGUAUUAUGUAUAAAACUAAGUUGUACAUAUUGUCAAGUCUAUACUAAUUUAUGUACCAUGUAUCAUAAGGAAUGAAUUACAUUUAAGAUUGAAAGAAA